AAUGCAGACACCAGGUGCUUUAAAGAUAGACCUCAAUAGAGUGUUGUGUGAUGGACCACCCCUGAACAUGUUGGAGGAAGUGAUGGAACUCAACUGGCUUGAUAUCAGAAGCCAGCAGGUGGAUGUCAAUUCAGGAGACUAUAAUGGACAAACACCUCUCCAUACAGCCAGUGAAUUGGGCAACUUGGACAUGGCAAUGUUCCUGCUGGGAAAAGGGGCUUCACCUGACUCUGUGAACAGCUCUGGAAAAUGCCCAUUACACUUGAAUAUUAAGAACAGGCAUUUUAGAGUUAUCAAGCUUCUGCGGUUGAGAGGGUUCACUUUGAAACUACACCCAGUGAGAAUUGCCAUUGAAAUGAUCCAAACAGUACGCAAGAGAGAUCAUGCGCUACUUCAUGCCUGGUUUCUGUCAGGGGUGGACAUGGACACCACUGACUACAAUGGCUGGACAGCAAUGAAGGAGGCUGUUCAGUUGGGGGACAAAACCAUGAUCUCCAAACUAGUGGACUACAGAACCACGCCAUUGUCCUCUGUGCCCGUGUAAAGGAGGAGAAGAGUCUCGCUGUAAUCUUUCCCCUUCUGCAGACUCUCUGCCCUGUACUGUAGAUAAACAUGUAAAUAUUUCUGUUCUGUUAUUUUUUCUUUUGUCAAUAAGAUUUGUGUUUUAUCAGCGUUAUAAAUGUGUUUUAAUAAACUAACAUUGAAUAUCAUUUUGUCUUGCAUUUCAUCAUUGUUUUAUACUUCAUAGUUGUAUUGCUUACUGUCGACUACUGCAAGACUCAUUAUGCACGUAAAAAAAGACUUUGUAAG